UACGACAAUAAAGAAGAGACAUUUAAUUUGCAUCCCUUUUUAAGUGACACAAUAGAAAUUUCACGUCACUCUACAAAGCAAUGUGUGUAUGUGGGUCAUCUCAUAGAGUAGACUUGUUGAUAUGAAUGAAGAUUAAAUAAACAAAAAUACAAAGUAAUGCGUGUAGAAAGUAUCACAUAUUUCAUAUUUCUAUAAAUGUAUGUUUAUUUAUUAAUACAUGUUAAACAGGUGUAGCAGCUGGGUUUCCUACUGGAGCAUUAAUUCUAGUUUUUGGCAUGCGGAGAUUACACAAUUUCAGAAAGAAAAGAAAAGCAGUUCAACAGAAGAAAGCAUUUUUCAAAGGUCUUUUGUUGGAACAACAAAUGCAAACAAGUGAAAACAAUGUUGAACAAACCAAGUUGUUUGAUUUAAAAGAGUUAGAGAAGGCAACUAAUCAUUUUAGUAUGGAUAGAAUUCUUGGCCAAGGAGGUCAAGGAACUGUGUACAAAGGAAUGUUGGAAGAUGGAAAGAUUGUUGCUAUAAAGAAGUCUAAAAUAAUUGAUGAAGCCAAACUUUCUCAAUUCAUUAAUGAGGUUGUCAUUCUUACGCAAAUCAAUCAUAGAAAUGUUGUUAAGUUAUUGGGAUGUUGUUUGGAGACAGAUCUUCCACUUCUAGUUUAUGAAUUCAUACCAAACGGGACACUUUCUGAGUUUAUUCAUCAGAGAAAUAUGGAGUUUCCUUUUACAUGGAGCAUGCGAUUGCGAAUUGCAACUGAAGUUGCAGGAGCUCUUUCAUACUUACAUUCAGGGGCUUCUUUUCCAAUUUAUCAUCGAGAUGUUAAGUCUACAAACAUACUCCUAGAUGAAAAAUUGAGAGCAAAAGUUGCAGAUUUUGGUACAUCAAGAACUAUUUCCUUAGAGCAAACUCACUUGACCACUUUAGUUUAUGGCACAUUUGGUUAUCUAGAUCCAGAAUAUUUUCAAUUAAGCCAAUUUACAGAUAAGAGUGAUGUUUAUAGUUUUGGAGUGAUUCUUGUCGAGCUCUUGACUGGACAAAAAGUAAUAUCUGCAACAAGGACUGAAGAAGGAAAAAGUUUGGCGACAUAUUUCAAAAUGACAAUGAAGGAAAACAGUCUUUUUGAUAUUCUUGAUGGUCAAGUUCUCAAAGAUGCGCCAAAAAAAGAGAUCAUAGUUGUUGCUGAUCUUGCACAGAGAUGCUUACAUUUGAGCGGAAGGAAUCGACCUACCAUGAAAGAAGUAGCAAAGGAGCUAGAGUGGAUACAAGUCAUUGAUAAUAAAGAUUCGAAGGGUAGUCAACAUGAUUAUGUAAAGUUAGCAUAUGCACAACCUGAAAUUGCAGACUCUUGGAAUAAUUCCACAUCGUCAAUAGAGUUAACUUUUGAUAGUGCUGCUACUAGCUUCUCGUUGCAUCAAGAAUUAUCAUUGUUGUAA